AUGACAAUAUCUAUGAAAAUCAUCUUCUACGAGGACAGGAACUUCCAGGGUCGGCACUAUGAGUGCAGCUCCGACUGUGCCGACCUCUCCUCUUACUUCAGCCGCUGUAACUCCAUCCGUGUUGAGAGUGACUGGUGGGUGGUGUACGAGAAACCCAACUACAUGGGAUACCAGUACGUCCUGAGAAGGGGAGAGUAUCCUGACUACCAGCGCUGGAUGGGAUUCAAUGACUGUGUCAAGUCCUGUCACAGUUACCCAUAUGUAAGGGGGACCUACAAAAUGAAGAUUUAUGAAAGGCCUGACUUUGAGGGGCAGAUGAUGGAAUUCAUGGAGGACUGUCCCUCUGUCUACGAUCGUUUCCGUUACCGUGACAUCCACUCCUGUCAUGUGAUGGAUGGUUACUGGAUCUUCUAUGAACAACCCAACUACAGAGGCCGACAGUACUUCCUGAGACCCGGGGAAUACAGGAAAUACAGUGACUGGGGCGGCUACAACUCAAUGGUUGGGUCCUUCAGGCGCAUGAGGGACUUCUGA